AUGACGACGGCGCUCGCUUAUGCCGCCACCGCCGCCGCUUCCACCGCCACCAGCUCGUCGCUCUCCUCGGCUGCGCUCAGCCCGGUCCAUGCCGCUAUUCACCGGGCGCUUGCUCGCGGCGCGUGGCGUGAUCUCGGCUGUGAGCCUCUGGAUCUCGCUCUCUCGCUCCAUGCUGCUCUUCCGGGCCUGCCGCACUCGCCGGGAUCGCGCCCGCUGCUGGCUCGCCUCGCGCUCACCUCGCGCCAGCACCCGGCCAAGGCUGCUGCCUUUGUCGGCCACGUCCUCGACGAGCAGCAGUCUCGUCCGGCGGGGCAGGACUCGGUCUCGUCGCGCACACUGGCCUCGUUGGCGCUGAGCGCAGCGCGGUGCAAGUUGCCGGCUGCAGCUGCGAGCCUCCUUGCCCGCCUCCCGCCUGACGCCUCCAUCGACGCCCUGCCCGACGCGCUUGCUGCCGAUGCUCUUCUCGCCCGCUCGCUCGACGAGCUUGUUAGCGUCGUUGCCGCCGUUGUCUCGCCGGCUGCUUUGCUCAAUCCGGUGCCGGCUGCCGCGCUCGUGGCCCGCAUGGUCGAGCUGAGCUCUUCCCCAGCAGCCGCAACGCACGCUCUCGCACGCGCUCGCAGCCUCCCGGCCGAACGCGCGAUGCUGACAUGUCUGCUCCGCGGCGAUCCUGCUGUUGCGCCGCCGCAUGCAAUCAACGUGCUCGUGCGUGAGCUUGCCCGCGCUGGCCACGUACAGGCUGCCCUCGCUGUCCUCCGCCGCGCUCCCCACGUCUCCAAGCGCGCCGCUAUCGCGGUAGUCAAGGCUUUGCCGGCCGCGGCGAGCCUCGACGCACUCCUCCGUCCGCCACUUCCCGCCGUCCGCCACCUUGUUUCCAACCAGCGCUUUGCCCGCACCUGCAUGCUGCGGCUGGCGCAGCUCGGCGAAAAGGCCCAGACUCUGCUUGCACUCGACACCCUGCUUGCGUCAGCGCCACACGCCGCAGCUCGUGAGGUCAACGCCGUCAUCGCUGCUGCCGCUGCCGCCGGCCACGCCCGCCACGCAGAGGCCUACCUUGCACGCCUGCCAACUAACCACCGUAACGAGCGCACUGUUGUCGCCCUCAUCGAGGGCAUCUCGUCCAUGGCUCAACUUCCGCGCCUGGCCAACAUUGUCCCGGUCAUUGUCCACGCCGGCGUCCGCCCUUCCGCUGCCACCUCGGCUGCGCUCGCCCGCAUGGCUCAGCGCGUCCGCGACAACUUUGCCUCGACCGCUGACGGCAGGCUCACCUCGCGGGUCAUGGCCAACUCGUCGCUCGAGCUCCUCGGCGCCCACAAUGUACUCGACGCCGAGAUCACCCACCCGGACUCUCCCGCCCGUACCGUCCGCGUCCGUCACCUCCUCGCCUCUCACCCGCAUCUCUUUGCCGAAGCUGUCGUCGCCCUCUACGUCGACUCGCUCGCCACCGCCACCCAUCAGCCAUCGCUUCUCUUCCCUUACCUCCUCAAGUCCGGUGUCGAGGCCACCAUCACGCUUCCGUCCAAGCUUGCUCAAGCAUACCCACAGUACUACAACAACUCUGCUGAUGCCAGCAAUCCGCCGCUCUACGAGGUCUACACCAUGUGGAACCUGACCAAUCCUCACGAGGUCAUGGCAGGCACCGCCAAGCCGGCGUUCGAGGCCGUCGGCCCGUUUACCUACCGCGACGUCAAGACCCAUCUCUUUGCCGACUUUGCCUCGGACGGCAAGUCUGUCUCAGCCGUCGAGGGCGAUACCUAUGUUCACGCCAACCUCUCCGGUGAGGCCUCGCCAUACUCCACCUACAUCACCAACAUCAACCCGACGUAUCUCGGCGUCAUCCUCUCCGCCGGCUCCGACAAAGAUCUCAAGGUCAUCGUCACCGGCCCGGCCAUCGCGCGCAUCAUCGAGUGGACAAACAUAGUCUUUCGCGACUACAUCGCCCAGGACUAUGUCGCUGACCGCCUCGGCUUUGCCCUCGAGGUCCUCCUUGGCUCGGCGCCAGAGACUCUCAACUGCACCAACCCGGACAACGCCCUGGACCUCGCCUCGGCUCCGCCAGCAUGCCAAGCUUCGUUCUGUGCUGCCUUUACCAACUCGACGUACAACCUGGCCCCAAGCUUCCCGCUCUGGUACGGCCUACAGACUCUCGAUCCUGCAGCCGCCAUGCCGCUCCCGGCCUGUCUCGCCGUCGUCGACUCGCUCCUCUCCACCCAGCCCGACUCGCUUGCCCUGUGGAAGGGCGCGCGCCUGGGCAACGCCACCGACAUCGCCACUCUUUCUACCCGCCUCGGCCUCGAACGCCCGCAGCUUGCCGCGCUCCUCGCCUCCUUCCUCCCCUCCUUCCAGUCCGCCUACGUCAACAACGCCAUGUGCAACGCCUUUGGCCUUCCGGCCAUCGAGUUCCUUGCCUACGAGCAGUGGGCCCGCCUCACCAUCACAUCCGGCGUCCCGCUCUCCACCCUCUUUCCGCAGCAUCCGCUCUUUGCUGGCAUCGACGUCCCCUUUGAGUUUCCGCUCGCGGCCUCCAUUUCGCCAGGCGAGAACUGGAUGACCGGCGCCCGCGCCGCCAUGCUCCUUAACGGCACCCUCCGCGGCGGGCCCGACGCCGGCCUCCUCUCCACAAACGGCCUUGUCGACUUUCUCACCGAUGCCGUCCCGCCACAUGCCGGCGUCCUCGGCGCAAAGUACAACCUUGAUGGCCACCAGGUUGUCGACAUGUUUGUCUACGGCCUUCGCACCCUCGAGUCGUACGGCAAGGCCUACGCCGCCGAGCUUGUCAACGACAACGCCGGCAUGUUCAUCACAAAGACCGUUGACCAGUGGCUCUUUGACUGUCACGACGCCCUCCUCGCCGUUGUCCAGCCCAACGGCACCUGCGCGCUCAUCACCAACACCACAUCGCUCGAAUGGGCCGCCACCAACACCCCGCCCGACACCAUCACCACAGGCUACGGCGAUCUUUCCGCUACCCUGCAGUACACAAAGUACCAGACCCAGGCCACCGUGGCCUGGAACAACUACAACGCACCGGUCUUUGGCUCAGACGGCACUCAGUUUCCGCCGCUCCUCUUCAACUCCUUUGAUCGCUCUGCCCUCAUCCAUGUAUUUGAGACAGACCUCGUUCGCUCGCUCCCGCUCGCCUUUGAUCGCCACGUCUCGGCCCACGGCAUCGCCCUCAACCGCUAUCUCCCUCUCCGCGAGCUCUUCCUCCCCGACGAACGCUUCUUUCAGUACGUCACCGGCUUUGCCAACCUCACCAUCACCCAGCAGGCCCCGAUCUUUUUCUCCUACCCUAACAUGCUGUUUGUCGAUCCCAAGUACGUGGCAAAAAUCGAUGGCAUGCACCCCCGGCUCGACGACCAGGCCUCCAUCGACGUCGAGCCCAUCACAGGCCUCACCAUGCGCGCCCACAAGCGCAUCCAAGUCAACGUCUACAUCCCGCCAGACCUUGCCUUUGACGACUUUAACCCCGACGUGGUCAAGGACAUCUUCUACCCCAUCGUCUGGGUCGAUGAGACUUCGGAGAUCACCCCGGCUCUCGCCGCCGACUUUCGUUCCUCCGUCUACCUCCUCCGCGAUCUCCGCCUCGGCUCCGUCAUCGUCCUCUCCGUCGCUGCUGCCGCCGCCCUCGCCGCCUCGCUCAUAUGCUGGUUCAAGGCGCCCGCAGGUAGCCCGUUGCUGCCUCCCCAGCCGUACUCCCCACUGGGCAAGCCGGUCGCCCCUACAACGUCACUACCCUCCCUCAACGAGGGCUCGCGCCUCCUUCCCCCGCCGCCACCCCCUCUCACCACCACAUAGGCACCAAACCCAUACUUUACGCACGCUUCUCACACCGUCCCGGUUCCGUCCACCGUUCCCACGCUCGACAUCGCCGCAGUCGAAAACUCGCCGCCUUCGCUGCCCUGCACCGAGUCGAGCACCGGGUUGACCGGCGCGCUGCCCGCUGCCGAGCCAAGUCCACCC